AUGUCUGCCACCCCCGCCCCCGCCAGCACCAACGGCCACGCGGCUGAUGAGAAGCCGCACCGCGUCCUUGUCCUCGGUGGGGCCUACGCUGGUGUCACGGCCGUCCUCGGCCUGCUGAACGGCCUCGAUGGCAAGCCCAUCCGCCCUGUUCAGGGCGAGUCCAACAAGUCCGACCUGCCCAAUCCACGCCCCAAGAGGCCCGUCGAGAUUACCCUGGUGGACCAGCGUGACGGCUUCUUCCACUCUGUGGGAGCUCCGCUCGCCCACGUGGCAAAGGGUUCCGUCGAAUCUUCCUGGCUCCGUCACAAGGCCCAGUGGCGCCUGAAGCGGAAGGAGCUGUCGAUCCGUCACGGGAGCGUCAAGGCAAUCGACCCCGAUGCCUUGUCCGCUACUUUCGUCGACUAUGAUGACGACAAUAAAGAAGUCACCCUCGGCUACGACUAUCUGAUCCUGGCCACUGGCGUGCGGAGAGAAUGGCCGAUUGUGCCAAAGGCCAAUUCUUUCAAAAAUUACGUGAUUGACGCUCAGAAGCACAUUGCUGGCAUCGAACUUGCCAAAAGCAGCACUGUGGCGGUCAUCGGCGGUGGCGCCGUUGGGAUCGAGUUCGCCGGCGAGAUCAAGAACUAUCAUCCCCACAACCGGGUGAUCCUCAUCCACUCCCGUAGCGAGCUGCUGUCCAAUGAGCCUCUUCCGUCCGAGUUCAAGACCCAGGCCGUGACCUUGUUAGAGGAAAUGGGCAUUGAGGUCAUUCUUGGGCAACGUGCCAACGUUACCGCCGAAGAUGGCUUCUCUAAGAUCACACUCACCGACGGUAGGGUCAUCAACGCUGGCUACGUCUUUCCUGCGGCUUCACGCUUCUCACCAAACAGCGAGUGUCUGCCACGUGACGCUGUUGAUGAGAACGGCUACGUCAAAGUCACUUCCCACAUGCAACUCAAAGAUGUUCCGAAUUCGGAUCGUCACUUUGCUGCCGGCGACAUCUGCCUUUGGUCUGGCAUCAAGCGCGCCGGACCCGCCAUGGUCAUGGGCCAUGUUGCGGCCGGUAACAUUUUCAACGCCAUCCUGAAGGAGGAAGACCCCGAUAUCGAAGUCAAGCCUGAAGUGUUCCCAGAGGUCGCUCCAAUGAUGGCUUUGGCAAUCGGCGAGGCAGCAGUCACCUACCACCCCGACAGGGGCGUCCUUUGGGGCCCGGAAAGGUUGCAGCUCGUUUUCGGUAAAGACCUGGGCUGGGCCAACACGCUGAAAUUCCUCGGUCUCUCCGAUCCCGAACCCUCUAUGGAGGCGAAAUGA